AUGGAGGGCCAUGAUCCAAAGGAACCAGAACAGUUGAGGAAACUGUUUAUUGGUGGUCUGAGCUUUGAAACCAAAGAUGAUAGCUUAAGAGAACAUUUUGAAAAAUGGGGCACACUUACAGAUUGUGUGGUAAUGAGAGAUCCCCAAACAAAACGUUCCAGGGGCUUUGGUUUUGUGACCUACUCUUGUGUUGAAGAGGUGGAUGCUGCAAUGUGUGCUCGGCCACACAAAGUUGAUGGGCGUGUGGUGGAACCAAAGAGAGCUGUUUCUAGAGAGGAUUCUGUAAAGCCUGGUGCCCAUUUAACAGUGAAGAAAAUCUUUGUUGGUGGUAUUAAAAAGGAUACAGAAGAGUACAACCUGAGAGACUACUUUGAAAAGUAUGGCAAGAUUGAAACCAUAGACGUUAUGGAAGACAGGCAGAGUGGGAAAAAGAGAGGAUUUGCUUUUGUGACUUUUGAUGACCAUGACACAGUUGAUAAAAUUGUUAUUCAGAAAUACCACACUAUUAAUGGGCAUAAUUGUGAAGUGAAAAAGGCCCUUUCUAAACAAGAGAUGCAGUCUGCUGGAUCACAGAGAGGCCGUGGAGGUGGAUCUGGCAAUUUUAUGGAUCGUGGAAGGAACUUUGGAGGUGGUGGAGGUAAUUUUGGUCGUGGUGGAAACUUUGGUGGAAGAGGAGGCUAUGGUGGUGGAGGUGGUGGCAGCAGAGGUAGUUAUGGAAGUGGUGAUGGUGGAUAUAAUGGAUUUGGAGGUGAUGGUGGCAACUACGGUGGUGGUCCCGGGUACAGCAGUAGAGGAGGCUAUGGUGGUGGUGGACCAGGCUAUGGAAACCAAGGUGGUGGAUAUGGAGGUGGUGGAGGAGGAGGAUAUGAUGGUUACAAUGAAGGAGGAAAUUUUGGUGGAGGUAACUAUGGUGGUGGGAACUAUAAUGACUUUGGAAAUUAUAGUGGACAACAGCAAUCAAAUUAUGGACCCAUGAAAGGGAGCAGUUUUGGUGGAAGAAGCUCAGGCAGUCCCCGUGGUGGUGGCUAUGGAUCAGGUGGUGGAAGUGGUGGAUAUGGUAGCAGAAGAUCAGUGCCCUUUCCUGUCCUCACUGCCAGCCCUGCUGCUGCCAUGGAGGAGCUAUGGUUGCCCAAACCCAGGCUCGAGCUAAGCCAAAGUGCUGCCCUGCUGAGAGAAGUUGUCCUCAGAGUCCACAGUAUCUCAGGAACAACUUUUUUUAAAGGCAGGUCUGAUGGAAGUAUAGGAGCAAUAUGGGAGAGCUUGCUAUGGAAGAGUGUGGUGCAGUGGACAAAGAAUAUGGCAUUACUGAAUAGGCUGAGCUUAUUCAGCAUGGAGCCACUACAGCUGCAGUCUGUGCUGCUCACCCUACUGGGAAGAGGGGAGUGCAGGGUCAAUGCACUGCCCACAGACACAAGGGUCAUUCUUUGUGUACCACAAAGAGGCCAGCACAAAGAACAUGGAGGCAUGUGGCAGCCUGGAAAUUGUAGCAGGGUCACCCUGACUCUGGGAAACAGCAGGACAUGUGAGACAAGUCUCAGAAAUGGUCCGGUAUUUAUGGUGCUUGAGAAACCAGAAGCUUCGAACCAGGCCAAUUACUUAUGA